CAGUUUGGGGACCAUAUCUGGUUUGAGACCAGUGUCUCAGGAGACGUCUGUUACGUUGGAGAGCAGUACUGCGUCACAAAGACAAUGCAAAAGUCAGUGGCGAGGAAGAAAUGUGCUGGCUGCAAAAUAGCAGUCCACACCAUGUGUAUCGAGCAGCUAGAAAAGAUCAAUUUUAGAUGUAAGCCAUCGUUUAGGGAACCCGGAUCUCGAAAUAUUCGAGAGCCCAACGUUGUCCGUCACCAUUGGGUCCACAGGAGGCGCCAGACUGGGAAGUGUCGACAGUGUGGGAAGGGUUUUCAACAGAAGUUCUCAUUCCAUAGUAAAGAGAUUGUUGCAAUCAGCUGUUCUUGGUGCAAACAGGCAUAUCACAACAAGGUGACGUGCUUCAUGCUACAGCAGAUAGAGGAGCCUUGCUCGCUGGGAGCUCACGCCUCCGUCAUAGUGCCACCCACCUGGAUCAUACGGGUCCGCAAACCACAGACGUCAUUAAAAUCAAGUAAAAAGAAGAAACGCACAUCUCUGAAAGGAAAGCCGAGUAAGAAGGUAUUAGAGGAUGGUCGAUGGAAGCCCUUCAUAGUAAAGCCUGUUCCCUCGCAACUCAUGAAACCUCUGCUGGUGUUUGUCAACCCCAAAAGUGGAGGCAACCAGGGAGCCAAGAUCAUCCAGUCGUUCAUGUGGUACCUCAACCCCCGACAGGUGUUUGACCUCACCCAGGGAGGGCCCAAGGAGGGGUUAGAAAUGUAUUCCAAAGUGCCCAACCUGCGGAUUUUGGCGUGUGGAGGGGAUGGAACAGUGGGUUGGAUCCUGUCUGUCCUGGACCAGCUCCAGUUGAACCCUGCGCCUGCCGUGGCUGUCCUGCCCUUGGGGACGGGGAACGACCUGGCCAGGACUCUCAACUGGGGAGGGGGUUACACUGAUGAGCCAGUGUCUAAAAUCCUGUCUCAUGUGGAGGAUGGGAACGUGGUGCAGUUGGAUCGCUGGAACCUCCUGGUGGAGCCCAACCCAGAGGCCGUUCACGAGGAGAAGGACGAGCACCAGACAGACAAGCUCCCAAUUGAUGUCUUCAACAACUACUUCAGCCUCGGCUUCGACGCUCACGUCACACUGGGGUUCCACGAGUCCAGAGAGGCCAACCCAGAGAAAUUCAACAGCCGUUUGCGGAAUAAGAUGUUCUAUGCCGGGACGGCCUUCUCUGACUUUCUGAGUGGCAGCUCCAAAGACCUUGCCAAACACAUUAAAGUUGUGUGUGACGGCACAGACCUCACCUCCAAAGUCCAGGACCUGAAGUUGCAAUGUCUUGUGUUCCUCAACAUUCCCAGUUACUGUGCCGGAACCAAGCCGUGGGGUCACCCCAGUGAGCACCUUGAUUUUGAGCCGCAAAGACACGACGACGGCUGUAUCGAGGUCAUCGGAUUCACCAUGACCUCUCUGGCCACUCUGCAGGUGGGCGGUCACGGCGAGAGGUUGAACCAGUGUAAGGAAGUGACCCUGACCACCUACAAGUCCAUCCCCAUGCAGGUAGAUGGCGAGCCCUGUAAGCUGGCCCCUUCCGUCAUCUACAUCAACCUGAGGAACCAGGCCAACAUGGUGCAGAAGACCAAGAGGAGGAUCUCCAUGCCCCAGCUCAAUGAUCAGCAGCCGGUUCCUGAGAAGCUGCAGAUCAGAGUGAGCAGGAUCAGCAUGCACGCCUAUGAGGCCCUGCACUACGACAAGGACAAGCUCAAAGAGGCCUCUAUUCCACUGGGCAUCAUCACGGUCCCAGGAGACAGCGAUCUGGAGAACUGCCGUUCACACAUUGAGAGUCUACAGGACAGUCUGGAAGAGGAAAGUGAUGCUGUGAAAUCAGCGAGGCUGUCGUCACAAAAGCUUUCCCCCAAAUGGUGCUUCCUUGACUGCACAACUGCUGAUCGAUUCUAUAGGAUAGACCGUGCUCAGGAGCACCUCAACUACGUGACGGAGAUCUCCCAGGAGGACCUCUACAUCCUGGACCCGGAGCUGGUCAUCAAGGAGACGGUGGGCACUUCGCCGGGCAUGCCCGACCUGGUAGACUCGUACGGGGAGUGCCAAACGCCCGAAUCUCGCCAGUUUACCUUCCCAUCCUCCUCCUCCUCUCCCACCUCCUCCCCAGGACCCAGUAUCAGGGAGUCCCAGAGGAAGAGGGUGUCCAGUGACAGCUCGGUGACAGAGGCCCUGGCUCACAGCAGCGACUCCCAGGCCUCCUCCAAGACCGGCCAGUGCAGUUCUGGAAGUGCUCUGUCGUGUGAUGCUGAAAAAGUAACUGAGUUAAUUGAGUGUGUGAAGACAGAAGAUCUGGAAAGGCUCACAGAGCUCCACAAACAGGGGGCAGAUAUUUUCACGCAGGAUACUUUGGGCUGCACCUUACUUCAUUACGCAGUGGAGGUGGGCUGCAAGGAGAUUGUUAAGUACAUCAUAGACAACGCACCUACCACUCUCCUGGAUGUCACCGAAAAAGAGACAGGCGAGACGGCUCUCCAUAAAGCUGCGUUCACGCGUCAGAGGACCAUCUGCCACUACCUGGUGGAAGCCGGGGCUUCCCUCAUGAAGACUGACCUUCAGGGUGAGACGCCGAAGCGGCGUGCGGAGAAGGCCAAUGACCAGGAGCUGGCGGAGUACUUGGAAAACCGCCAGCACUACCAGAUGAUCCAGCGAGAGGACCAGGAGACUGCCGUUUGAUGAUCCCACUAUUUACCGAAACCGCACCACGCUCUCUCUUUCUCCCUCUCCGUUUGCCAUACCUAACAGUAGGAAGUUCUGUAAUGGGUUCAAGGGGGGUGGUAGGUGUCUUCCCUCUCUAACAGACCAGGCUAAUUACACCAUCGAAAUAGAAUUACUAUUUCUAUGGGCUACACUCCCAGUAUGGGUCGAAGUCUAGAGGCGAGCCAGUGAAGGCAGGUCUUCCUUUCAUCCGCUUGCUAGUGAUGCUUCAGUUUGACUAGAGUGCUAUGUGUAAAGAGUGCAUGAAUGAAAACCGCUUUUCUUCUAUUGCGAAUGGGUCCAAGUCCGCUACUACACAGCAAGCGAUUGUAAAUGAAAGGGCAAAUGAAAAAACAACAGCUUUUUGGGGUAUUUUCAGGGCUGGAGUAACUGUAUCUGAAUGUGGCUUUAUGAACCUUGUAUCUUUCUCCAUAUGCAAUGGCAAGGUAUCUAUAGGAAUGUGUAACGUUUGAGUGUGUCAUUGAAAUGGAUGGAGGUUGCUUUUAACCAGGGAUACUGUUUAUGUAAGUGUGGGCUUGAGAUAUGAUAGAUGCUUUGCCAUAUUGUAUGAAGGCUCAUACUUUCCUUUUGAAUUCUCGUGACCUCUGGAUGUGCUUGUUUACUCGAAUGGCAGUAUGUUUGCUCUGCUAUUGGAUAUGUAACUUAUAACUUAUGUCUAUCACUGAUAAACUGAUAUAUUUAAGAAAUGCUGUACUAUUUAUAGAGAACUGUUUGCGUUUUUGCUUAUGAUCAAAUAUUAUAAAAGCAGGCAUCCUAAUAACUCAUUAUUAAAAGCUGGUUUUGCACUGCCACUCUUAUUACAAAAACAAUGCUUUGUAUUUCUCUAUGUGGCUUGAAAUUCCUCUUGGUGCAUUACAUUUAACAGUUCUUAGAUAUUUAUAUACCACAGCUUUUAGAUAUUUUUAUGCACUGUGCCCAUGUUUGUUACAUACAAUGUAAAUUUGAUGUAUUUUUCCAAAUGUGUACUUUGCAAUGUAUAGUUUUUCUGUGUAUAGGUGAGACGUUCUUAUUUACAAGUUGAUUACUACAUGCUACACAAGUGCAGUAAGAAUUCAACAAAAAAACAGUUAACAGAUUCCCCAAAAUGAUCACAAAUCACAAAUACACUUCUGUAUCCAUUCUUUAAUGCCACAUCAUUACUACUUUAGUCAACUCUUUGUAUAUUUCAUAUAUUAGCCAGUUUAUGAACACUUAUGGAAUGUGAGGAGGAAGUUCAGUUCACUUUAUUAGCCUUAAUCAGUAAUUUGUCUCGCAUUCCGUUGUCUCAAUGAAACUUAAUUAAACACUAUUGUAUGUGCAACCUGACUGCUCAGUCAAGUAUCUUACAACAACAGUUUAUUUUUCUCUUUACAACUUUUACAAGUAUUAUCAGAAACAUGGCUUGAUUAUUGUGAAAUAUAGAUUGCUUUUAUCAAUACUUAGAAAUCUUUGCAAGAACUGCCUAUUAUUUGUUUGCUUUUAAGGGGUUAUGAAACGUAUAUGUGUGUGUUAUCAAUGCUUUGUUUUGAGUUGCUGUGCAAUUCAGGGUUAGAGAAUUAGCAUCAAGCCAUUAAGAAUGUCAGAAUGACUACUGCUGAACUGUCCAUUGUAACUACAGAGAUUUCAAAAGAUCGUUUUUGUACUUAUGAACAGCGAUCAGAGUAAUGGACAGACCUGUAUGAAAUGUAUUCAAAUAAAUAUUAGUUGUACUGUAUAUUUGCUCAUCAAGCCUGUUUGUUACUGUUUGUUUGGAGAAAAAUAAAACUUUAAACAUUGA